AUGUCUUCAUCCUUAUUUAUUCUUACGUUUCUUUGUCUGAUCUCUUUAUUUCAAAUCAAUGCUACACCUGCACCGGGAGCAGCAAGUCAAGGACGAAAUUUAAUGCAAUUUGGUAAUAUGAUCAUACAAGCAUUAGGCAAAUCUCCAUUAGACUAUAAUGGUUAUGGUUGCUGGUGUGGAUUUGGUGGUAAAGGUGAACCAAUUGAUGCUACAGAUGCUUGUUGUAAAGUUCAUGAUAAAUGUUAUGAUGAUAUUAUUAAGUCUCGAGAAAAUUUUCUUUCAUGUUCACCUUAUGUUAGUUUUUAUAAUUGGGAGUUAGAUCAUAAUACUCAUGUUUUACAUUGUAAAGAUGAACCAGGUUCAUGUACACAUCGUGUUUGUGAAUGUGAUCGUAUUGUUACUGAAUGUUAUAAGCAAAAUAUUCAUACAUUUAAUAAAUCUUUAAAAUGUCCUAAAUAA